AAUGAAUGACAGAAAAAUUGGUUGGAGUUGCUUCAGAUUAAUAUACUCUCACAUGCACUGUUUUUGUUGGCUUGGGAAGUAAUGGAAGAUGAUCGUACUCCAAAACCAGUAGUUAUCAUCACAGGAUGUUCCACCGGAGGGAUAGGCCACGCGCUUGCGUGCGCGUUCGCGGAGAAGAAGUGCAGGGUGGUGGCGACGAGUAGGUCGCGGUCGAGCAUGGCGGAGCUGGAACACGACCACAGAUUUUUGUUGGAAGAGUUGGAUGUUCAGUCCGAUGAGAGCGUGCGCAGAGUGGUUGACGCAGUUGUCGAAACGUACGGUCGCAUCGACGUGCUCGUUAACAACGCAGGUAUUCAGUGCGUGGGUCCACUUGCCGAGGUUCCUCUCUCAUCCAUCCAAAACACUUUCGACACCAAUGUAUUCGGUUCCUUGAGAAUGGUUCAGGCGGUUGUUCCUCAUAUGGCAACUAGGAAAAAGGGGAAGAUUGUGAAUAUUGGCAGUGUUGCUGCCUUGGCUUCUGGACCUUGGUCAGGCACUUAUACUGCUUCUAAAGCUGCUCUUCAUGCUUUGACAGAUACAUUAAGAUUGGAACUUGGACAUUUUGGAAUUGAUGUUGUGAAUGUUCUGCCGGGAGCUAUCAAAUCAAAUAUUGGAGAUUCUGCCAUAGCCAGCUACAACCGCAUGCCUGAAUGGAAAUUGUUCAAGCCUUUUGAAGCAGCAAUCCGAGACAGAGCUUACUUUUCUCAGAAGUCGAAAUCAACUCCCACAGAUGAGUUUGCUAGAAACACUGUAGCUGCUAUUCUUAAGGAGAAACCGCCGGCAUGGUUUACCUAUGGACAUUACUCUACUGUCAUGGCUAUCAUGUAUCAUUUACCAAUCUCUGUUAGAGAUUUUAUCUUGAAGAAAGCAAUGAAAUGCUGAGAUACAGUUGGCUGGUGCAUCUAUGUUUUUCAUGUGUAUUCUGAUGGUCAUAGCAUUUACUUUCCAUUUUGUUACCUAGUCAGCCAAGUUUUUUAAUGAAAUAAUCGAAGGGAUGGUAUAAUGUAUUGCGAUUCUCUGAAA